AUGAUCCAGGACUCUAUCGAUUCCGUCGAAGCUUCCCUGGCGCUGAAGAAAAUGGAAUCCCCUUCGCUUCGUACCCCAAUGUCUCCGGAAUCUGAGCCGCCGCGGAUGCAGCCCGAGGUCGGCAAAGUAUGCAUAUGUGCAACCAUCGUUACUGCGGCAUACCAAACUAUUCAGUCUUCCGCCCUGGACACCGCGCUGGGCGUAGUCACCCCAAGGGCGGAAGCAACACAAAUUGCCAUCUAA